GGGCCUCGAUUCACAAAUCGCUGGCGCGGCGUGCUCCCUGAGAGGCACCGCGGACCUAGCAAACGAGCGCGAAGAGCGCUCCUUCAACCAGCUUCCAUCGCUGCGGCUCCGCGCGACGCGCAGCGACGACACAGCGAGCACCAUGGCCGAGCAGGUCAAGGCCGCGGACGCGCCCGCGCCCGCCCUGUCCUUCGGCAACUUCGCCGACAAGGUCGCGUCGCCGUCGGGCGGCUUCAACUUCAAGGCCCCCGAGUUCAACACCGGUAAUCAGGGUUUGUUCGGCGCCCCUACGAAGUUCGGAGAGACGGACAAAAAGGAGGGCGACAAGAAGGAGGACGAGGUCGAGCGCCGUGUGGAAACGUCACGCCGUCGAGCAGACGCCCGAAAUUUGAUUUCCGCACAGGCGAACCCCGAGGCCCAGGAGUCCACCGCGGAGUUCACGCCUGUGGUCCAGCUCGACGAGGUCGAGGUCAAAACACAUGAAGAGGACGAGGACGUCGAUUUCAAGAUCCGCGCUAAAUUAUUUAGAUUUUCCGAGACGCUCCUCAAUAAAGGUAGUGGCAAGAAGGAGUGGAUUGAAAGAGGUGUCGGCGAGGUCAAAAUCCUCAAGCACCGGGAGAACAGCAUGGUCCGCGUCUUGAUGCGCCAGGAGAAGACGAUGAAGAUCAUCUGCAACCAUGUGGUGGACCCGCGCAUCGAAUUGGAGCCGAACGUCGGUUCUGAUAGAUCCUGGGUCUGGAGCGCCUGGGACUUCUCGUCGGGCGAAUUGGAGGACACGAUCUUCGCGAUUCGCUUCGGCAAUUCUGAUGGGGCCAAGGAGUACAAGGCGGCGUUUGAGAAGGCCAAGAGCCAUAUGAAAGCCCUUAAAGAUGGUGCUGAUGGGGAGGCAAAUGCUGAAGCGGACGCGGCGGCCGACGCGCUGGCGGGGCUGUCGGCGGGCGCGGACAAGGAGAAGCCCUAGGCUCGACGGUAAUGUUCUCAUAAUUU